GUGCAUGUGAUUUGCCAGGAAGCGCUGGCUUUGCGAAAGUACAUUGCUCUUUUACACUGAUGCGCAGUUGAUGCCAUCAUGGAAUAUCCUCCUCGGCCAGAGGCGGCUGCAACCCGUCUCUAGUGGUUACGUGUUCGGAUUAUGCGUUGCGGUAACACAUGACGCUAGCCAAGAGGAAAAGUGACCACGCGAUAUACGUUUUUUCAGCGAGCGCCGCUAUUGGAGGUGACAUCGCCGAGUCGCCCGCUUCACGUGUCCUUCGCGUUCUCUCUGCGUGUGCAUACUCACACAAUGCCGCGAGCGGUACUGCAGUGAGCGGAACGGUUCCGCUUGAACCUACGGUACGGAGACCGGACGUAAAGCCCCAAAAGCGUUGUGUCGACGACCUUGUGGUUUCGUUGCUGCGCGCACGUGUUUGUGCGUUUUCCAGGGCAUAUGGGGUGCAUAUGGACCGAGCACUUGCCUUGCUGCUUUACGAAUUACAGUCUUUUCUUCCUAUCUAACCGAGUGAACUUCUAGCGAGGCCAUCAUGAGCUCCGUGAUGUUUGGAAAGCGGGCGGGCCGAGCAGCGGCGUGUUUUUUGCGCGCCCACGCCUGCUGCUCUCAUGUGAAGUCGACGGCCCCCGUGUUGUGUCUGGUUCCCAGUCGCGCGGGUCUCACGUCGAAGGAUCGUUUUGGUGCAAGGUGCAAGUCUUCCAGCCGACUAGAGGCGUCGCAACCCUUCGGUUCUCACAAAGCUUUGGCCGUUCGCCGCACGUUCCCUGAACGAGUUGUCCAUGCGGCGCCGGAGAAGUUGCAGCCGUACUUAAGACUCAUGCGUCUGGACAAGCCGAUCGGAACGUGGCUCGUGAUGUUGCCCGGUGCUUGGAGCAUUGGUCUAGCGGCCGACCCGGGCUGCUUACCCGAUCUGAAGCUUCUAGCGAUGUACGCUGCUGGAGCACUACUGAUGAGAGGUGCUGGAUGCACUAUAAAUGACAUGUGGGACCGGGAUAUAGACAGAAAGGUGGAGCGAACCAAAAAUCGACCUCUUGCAAGUGGUGAACUGUCGCUGUUCGACGCUUUUGUUUUUACUGGUGGCCAGCUUGCUUUGUCCUCGCUAAUACUGUUGCAGCUAAACUGGUACACUAUAGUCCUUGGGGCAAGUUCUGUUGCUCUGGUCGCAUUGUAUCCCGUUAUGAAGAGGAUAACCUACUGGCCACAAGUCAUGUUGGGUCUCACUAUCAACUGGGGUGCGCUCAUGGGCUGGGCAGCAGUGAAAGGUUCGUGUGAUUGGUCAGCAGUUCUUCCCCUAUACGCUGCGGCUAUGUCGUGGACACUAAUUUACGACACAAUUUAUGCACAUCAGGACAAACAUGAUGACGCCGUUAUUGGAAUGAAGUCUACUGCACUCAAGUUUGGCGACAAGUCAAAGAGAUAUUUGUGGCUGUUCUCAGCAAGCAUGGUGAGCAACCUUGUUCUGGCCGGCUUGGCUUCGGGACAGUCUUGGCCUUUUUACCUUGCUGCUGCAGCAACAGGAGCACACCUAGCUCGCCAGAUCCAUACACUGAACUUGGACGAUCCCGGUGACUGUGCCAAGAAGUUUGUUUCUAACCGUCAAGUAGGCUAUCUGGUCUUUUUAGGCAUUGUUUGUGGCAGCCUGGUCAAGUGAAGAACUGUUUCUCAAGAGACAUCUCAGAAUUUUAAUAGUGAUAUUAUGUGUUGUGUUAAAAAAAAGAGAAUAAAUUUUUCAUUGUUGUUCAAAA